AUGUCACUUCGAUUGGAAUGCUUCGUGCAAAAGGCGUGGUGGGGACCGAUGCAGGCGCUGAUCGACUACCAAACUCUGUGCAAGCAUUCCACAAUGUCCGAGGCAUUCACGAUCUCCGUGAUGCUCGUGAAGGCGAAGGUUCUACAUGAUUUGCUGCACUGCUUGCACUUCACGUCGCGGCGUCACUUCUCUUGGCUUCAGUGCCAAGGUGACACAAAAUCCUCUAUUUGGGUACAUGAGUGUACCCCUCAGUCGCUCAAUCGUUUCUCCAUCAUCGCAUGCGGUGCCCACGCUACCAUCAACUGA